CUGCGUCGCCAUGGGCUGAAGAUUGUCCAGUAGAAUUCCAGCAAACGAUGAUGAAUAACGAUGGAUUGCUUUUCUGGAGAACGACGUGUCUCAGCUCCUAGACAUCACUUGACACCGCGUGUGCUGGGGCGUCAUUGGUGACGUGCGGUGACUCCUCUUUCAUGUAGACAUAAAAUCGUGAAGAGUUGUCCUAGGUGCCUGCUUACACCUCAGUCGGUUUGCAGGCCAUUGAUCGCAACCCAAUAACUGACUUGAUUUCGUGUUCUACUCGUACAGUAUUUCCUCUCCCCAACACUUGCAGCCAUUACAAUGGAUCAGUAUCACGAAGAUAACAACCUUGCGUAUGAGCAGCCGGAAGCAGUUCCGUCGCAGAGACCGCCGCAGUUCAACGAAAGGAAUUGUGGGUGCCGCUGCGGUCAUAGGUGUGGUGGUCCAUGUGAGGAAGACGAUGAUGGAAGAAGAGGAAGGAGAGGAGAGAGAGCCGGUACAGAAGCAAGGGGAGUAAGAGAAGGAGAAAGCGACAGUGAAACGUUGGUAGACUCGGAUUCUGAUGUUGAGGGGAACCCAGAGUAUCGUGGAGAUGGAAAUGACAUCCAAAUGAUUCGUCCAGUGCACUCGUCAGGUUCGUCACCACUUGCGAGGGUGCACUCCAGGUCCACUCUGCCUAUCGUUGGCUCCCAUAUCGUACGAAUUAGACUACAUGCAGCCAGUCGGGCGCAGUCCUCUGCUAGAUCACAAUCUUCGUAUGGCCUCUAUGAUACGUCAGGAAGUAUGGAACCCGAGCCGUAUGGCACUGAAAGCCACAGCCCUGCUGUCUCUCGAGUUGGGAGUGUUCAUGUGAUAUCGCCAGGUCCGGACUUCGAAAGAUUCGGAAUGGAUGAGAUUGAACUGGUAUACCAUUUCCUGAUCGAACCUCUUCGACUGAGUCCACAAUAUCAGGACUGCCGUGGCAAAAUGGCAUCCCAUCUGGUUAUUCGAGAUGACAUCUCGUUCAUGGACGAUGAUUGAGAGGCGAACAGGAGUCCAAACGAGCAGCAGUCUGAUUCAGCUAAGUUGUGGCGUUUUCAAAAUGAAUUUUGUCGAUGUUUGUUAGAUCGUCUGUACUGGGCAGAGUCUCGCAGACAUUAGGGCUUGUAUUGUUGGCUCGAAGAUGGACUUUUGAAUUUCGUUGUCAGA